CGCCCCUCAUUGAGUCUAACUUGACUCCUCGUUUCUUGUUUCGGGUUUGUGCACGUGUUGCUCGAUUCACUGAACGUUCCGGUGGAUUAAACGCCGCUUUUAUUUUCUUUUCGGACCCUUUCUCGUCUCUAUGUGUAAAUACGGUUUAAUGUAGAGCAGCUGAAUGUGUGUCAUUGUGUUUAAAGCGGGACAAACGGCUUUAUUCUAGCAUGCUAACGUUAGCAGCUAAAGGGAACAACAUGUCCAGACUUGUUCCAGACGGAGGAGAACGUGGACGGAGGGGAACCAGGAAAAUUAGCGUUAUUUUGAUUAAUUAACGCCAAAAUAAGAAUGGAUUACAAGUUCCCGGAGCAGCUUUUCCCUUCGUUUUACAGCUGCGGGCCGCCGGACCCGGUCCCCAGGUACUGCGCCAGGAGCUGGGGCAGCUAUGACCGAGUCAGACCGCAGGCCGGUUCUGGUCCAAACUCCAGCUGGACGUUUACAUCCAGACAUCAGCCCAGAGGGGAGUCGUGGCGUCACGUCGAAUCGGUGCCGGUUCCACUUCUGUCGCCAAGAAACGCUUUCGUUUGGCCUCUAAAGCCUCCAAAUCCAGAAGACUUCACUAAACAUAUGGAGAACUUCUACGUAGAUCACUGCUUCCACGCCUUCGGCUGCAUGUCUGAACUCCUGGGAGAGAAUUUUGACUUCAAUGGAAACAGCAAGUCGCGUUAUCGGAAAGAUUCGGUCCUCAUGGGGAGAGUGAACAACGACCUGCACAGACUCGACUUUAAAGUAUGUCAGCAGUCGUACAAGUGGACGAGGAUGAAGCGCUACGCCGGCCUGAUGUCGGACGUUCUCCAUGAAGUUCCUCCUCAGCUGCUCGGUUCUUUACUGCAUGAAGAGCUGACAGAUCAGACGGACCGGCUGCUGUUUCCUGAAGCAAACACAGGGGGCGCUCUGGCUUUUAUCCCGUUUAAGCAGAGCGACUCCCAGCAUGGCUGCCUCCUCUACCCAGGAAACCCGGGACUGGACCUCCUCACCUUCCACCAGGUGGCGCUGCAGCACCAGCGAGGCGGUUCAUCCUCUGUGGACACCAGCAGGAGCUCCUUCAGCUUCCAGCUCAAAGGAUCCAUCAGACAGAUCAGCUGCAGCUCACUUUUGACCCAGUGCUGCGUUGGCGUUCGAUCGAAUUACUUCUGUGGAGUUUGGAGGUUCAGUGAAACAAACGAACCUCGUCUGCUGCAGGUUGUUAAAACUGCUGAAGUGUCGACGUGCAUCAACGUCAGUCCUCAUGUUUUAGGUGAAGUUCUGGUGGCCAGUGAAAGUGGAGCCGUGAAGCUGUGGACCGUCGGUAGAGGGAUGCAGAAGGUUCGGACGGAGGAAUCCAACCUGUACUUCAACGCCAAGUCGCCAUGGAGAUGGUGCGAGUUCUCGGCCCAUCCGAGGGUGAUGCUGUACGCCGACCGGACCGGGGCGGAGCUCACCGACAUCAGGGUGAACCCAGUCUCUGGUCACACUCUGUUUCGCAUUAGCAGUGCUUCAGAGUGUCGAAGUGGAGAAAGACUCAUUUUAUCCAAAUAUCUGGGAGACGCUCACAGCUUCCAUCAUCUGAUAACCACACAGUACUCGGCCUACAUCAUGGAUGAGCGUUUCCCAUGUGUGCCCAUGUUGAAAUGGGAUCACAUGAUGGAGUCUCCACCCAUGUCUUGUCACAUCGUCGCUGGUUCUGCUUCCUCUGGAUCGGAAGAAAGAACCACUAAGGUUCUGCUGGGGUCCAACGUCUCCCAGGAAAUCACGAUGCUGCAGUACUCAGGAGGCAGAGCUGAAGCUUGUUCCAGUCGAGGUCAUCCUCAGGCUCUGCUCAGACCCAGAGAAAGUCUGAAGCAUCUUCCGGCUCAGAUCCCUCAUCGCCUGGAAACAGCAACCGACAGACUGUCCUCACCUGCCGCAGGUCUGACUUGUAUCCAGAAGAAAUCGGGUGACGACGACUGUCUGUGCGUCCUCCAGCUGACAACAGCAGGAGAUAUUUUCUAUCAGAUCCUGGAGCCCGAGCAGCCAAACGCCGACACAUGUAAACCUCCAGCAGCAGAAGACGAACAUCUGCACCAACCAGCAGCCACAGAACCUCUACAACCGGCUUCUUCAGAGACAAAAACAGCAAAGCAGCUUCCACCAGAGCCGGACGUAUCAGAAACGUCCAGCGAUGAGGAUGUAGUCGGUCCAACUCAGAACGUGAUGACACAGAGGGUUGUACCAGAAACACCAGAAAGAAACCCAACGCCGAGCAUGGACUCUGAGGAUUCAGAGUUUGAGCCCCAAAGUCGAUUCCUGAAACGUCUGGCUCUGCAGGUUGUCGUCAACGAUGACCCAGAACUGGACAGAGGGAGCGAUUUGGACACAAGUGUGACAGAAAGUGGAAAUGUGGCUGAAGAUGUGGCUCAAGAUGCCGUGGAACCGAACAAUGUGCAGGAAACUGUAAACGUCUUGAGUCGCACUGUUGCCUCUCCAGUAAAACUCAGCAGCACCACUCUGGUUACAUGGAAACACUGGCUUCAGAAACUGAUGCACAUAAGCAGUGACAAGAAGAAACGCUCAGACAGCUCGCCGUACUUCAAAAUCCAAACUGAAGGUUUGCUACAACUGCCUGAUGAAUGUGCCUCAGAGAAGGAACACGUGCGAAGCUUGAGGCGAGAUCUGAAGUCGUGCAUGUCCAGACGCUCGCUGCUGGUUCACGGUGACACCUCGACCCCCUUCAGAACUCCAGAUGUGGUUCCUCUACCCAGCCAGGUGGACACCGAGGCCUGGACGGAUCGGCUCAACCAGCGGCUGACGGCGUCCUGGCAGGGCGAGGAGGCGUGGCGGUCAUGGUGGAAGGAGGAGCUGGGGAUGAACAGGGAGGAGAAGAUGCAUGCGCUGAGGAGGAAGAGGAGGAGGCAAAAGGAGGCGAAAAGAGCCGCCGGCGAUCGAUUAAAGCUGACCGGGAGCUUCACCUCGUCUGUCAGCUACCAGUCCGGUCUGGACGACUUCUCCGAUCUGUCGGGCUGGUCGUCUGCUACGAGCCAGAGCGCCUGGUCGGACUGGGAGGGUCGGCAGGUGUUGUCGCAGGUGUUGUCUCAGGAGGAAGAUGUUUUAGAGUACGCAGCACCUUCCACCGUUCAAAAUGACACUCCAACUCCAACCCCAACUGCCACUCCUCAAAGACUUAGAGAUGGACGAGGUGACCGGCAAACUCCGAGCAAACUCAAUACCUUCUCUGUGCCCCAGAAACAAACCCAAACCAGUCAGAGGAGGAAUAAACGCUCAGCAGAUGGUUACCUCAGCUCUCUGUUUGCACAACAGGACAACCCAUCACAACACGACUGUUACUACCUGGAUGAAGAAAUCACCACGAACCCUCCACCCGUCGCCUCCACCUCCUCUCAGUUCCGGAACUCCCAGUCGGUCCCUAUGGGGAGCUUCAGGGCGGAUCUAUCCCAGGAUUUCUUCUCUGCCUCGGGUUCCUCUCAGUCCCAGUUCAUCUCCCAGAGUUCUCAGAGCCGAUGGGGUUCUUCUCAAGCAUCGCAGCCCAAGAAGAAGAAGUCUCGAAUGGGAUUUUGAUCGAUUUAAUUGGUGGAAUUGUAUCAUUUUUUUGGUUCACGGAUCUGGAUCUAAUCAAGAAGGAUCUUUGGGCUGAGGAAGGUUACCGGCACACUGGUUUGGUAGGACCAAAUGUAAUUUAUUAUUUAUGUCUUGUGGUGGUGGUUUUUGUUGAGUUUGGUGAUUUUUUUUUUUUGUGUACAUCAUAAGGCAUCACACUGGCAGCUGGCUGGUUGCUGUUUCAGUCAUUUCACUUUCAUUUCACGCCAACACCGAGCCGUAAAGACGAUUUACCACAGCUGAUUCAGUGAAAUGAUUUAAGGGUGAUCUUUCUGAGACAAAAUCCGAAAAGAACUGAGGGGUUUUAAAGAGGACAUGUCGGGCUCUUUGUGACUUUCUGUCAUCUCUGUACGGCUCUGAUGUUAUUUAUUUGAUUGGACAUUCUUAUUGGGAUUGCAAAUCUGGAGCAAUUGUUUUUGAAUCAAUCGAAAUGAACACAGCGGAGAUCAUUCCAUGUCUUAAUGUUUAAAACGUUGAUUCAGCUCGCCUUAAACUGAGAGGCAUUACUCGUCACAGAAGUCUUUAUCAUGGUGGCCUUUUCUAGCUAAAAACCCAUAAUGCUCUCUGCCAGUACUCCAAGUGUUGCUACAGUGUUAAACAGUAAGAGGAACCAGGUGCUACAGCUAAUGUACAGUCCUUUCCCUUAAAUGCAUUUCCUUUGUCUUCUGCCGUAUUGGUUAAUUUAGUCAAAAAAAAACAAUUAAAUUAUCAUCAGCAAUUAAUUGUCAAUCAUUAACGUUGCUGGUUAGCAAAGUUCACAGCCUCACAGUCUUUGCCGCUAAUGUUUAAGGAUAAUUCAGUUCAAUUUCCACGAGGUUUGUGCCUUUUAUUAGCUGGGAUUUCGCACUUCAUGCUCCCGUAUACGCACUUAAGUUCCCUUAAAUCACGCUGAAAUAAACCGGAAUUGUCCUUUAUGGCUGUUAAAUAAGUUAUUGUUCAACAUUUCAGGUCAUUUUCAGGUUUAAAUACGUACAGAUGUAUCUGAGAACCAAACAUUCUAAGCACGGAUCAAGAAAAGAAGCUAAAUCUGACAAAAACAGCUUCCAGAGGCUGACCAAUCAGUGCAGGGAUGUAAAUCUCAUCAUCAGCCAAAGUCUACAUGUGGAAUAUCUGCAGUGGAAGCACUCUGACUGAAUAGAAAGCAGGAAACAAAUGCUGCUGAGAACAAAUGUUUGCUAUUAACAGAUUUUCCCUCUUCCACGUGUUUCUAAUUAAUCAUUUAAAGAUGUAAACUGGACAGAUUAAACUUUGGUGGAGAUUUGAUUUGUACGUUUUCCAUUAACAUGCCCAAACUAAAUUCUAAAUUCUCCAGAUAUCCUGUGCUCUGUUUGGUCCAACUCAGGAAGAAUCAGUUGAAUCGGCCUUUUAUAGAACAGAAGUUAAAAUGUCCUGUACACAUAGAACUACGAGGUUACACAAAGCACCAGCAUCAAAAAGACGAUGGAGUUUAUGAAUUUUUUUUGGAUCAUGCCAAGGUUUAUACAAGAAGAACCUCAGGAUGCGAAUACAUCCAGUAAAAUAUGUUUCAUAUGUCCACUUUAAAGCUGAAAUCCUAAAUCUGAAUUCAAAAGAAAAAGGUUUUACUCCAGAUGUUGUUCCUCACGCUGUGAAAUGUUGAUUUGUUCUGAGUAGCAUCUAUGCUAACAGGCAGCAAAAGUGAUGUUGGAACCAGCUGGUUGGUUUCAAAUGUGCAGAGGGAAUCUACAGUUUUACUUAGAAGAGACUUUCAAACCAGCAUCCGUCAGAUAAUAACUUUACCUCAGUGUUUACAGUGUUUGUAUGUUUUGUUAAAAGCUGUGAAAUAUCUAUUUUUUUUUAAUCAGAAGUCUGAAUGUUGGUGGACAUUAAUCCUCAUCUUUUGUUACUCAAACAGUGUUACAGCAAAGACCUCAGUCACUGUGAUACAUUAUUUUUAUAAAACGUUUCUACCACUGCUUUUCUAAACUGAACAUAUUUUCUCAAUAAAACCACGACUUCAUUAAAA